UGUCACAUCGUUAUUAAUAUUUUUCACGUCACUAACUUAAUAGUUUCGAACUUUGAGUUUUUUAUACAUUUUAAAAAUGGGAAAAAGAAAAAGGCUUAUGGAUGAAGAUUACAAAGAUAUCAUGAAGAAAAUGAAGAAACUCGAAAGGAAGUUAGAAAAACGUAAACGCGUUAUCUCUUCUUCGGAUGAUGACAAUUCAUCGUGCAGCGAAAAAAUAUCAGACAUCGCUCCAACAGUAGAAGAAAAUGACAAUGGUAACCAUGAUGUUGAUUCACCAUCACUCCCCUGUACCGAAAACGAUAAUGAUACUGCGGAGCCAGAUACCACGCCAGAUUUAGACCCAGAUAUACUGGAGAUAUUAGGCGAUGACCCGUCAAAAGAUAAUUGUGUAGGCGAAAAACUACACAAAGAUAUAGCGCUCAGAUGGACACAUAUUUUGAAAAAUGGCAUGAGUAAAGAAAUUAAAACCGAAUUGCAAAAACAAUAUUUAGUGCCUGAGAACUGCGACAGCAUUAACCCACCAAAAUUAAACCCGGAAGUUAAAGCUGCCAUAGACGAACAAAACCUUAAAAAAGAAACAUAUAACGAGCAUAAACAAAAACAACUAUCUAACUGUCUAGCUGCAAUCGGUAAAGCACUGAAUAUUGCUCUUAGCAAUGAGGAAACGUCACAGGAUCUUAUAAAACCAUUAAGUGACGCCGGUCGACUCCUGUGCGACCUCCACUACCGAGAAUCACAAUCUCGUCGUUACGCUAUUAUAAACUCUCUUAAUAAAGAAGCUAGAGAUACCGUCAAAAAUACCAAAAUAGACGAAUACUUGUUUGGUUCUGGCCUUGGGGAACAUUUGAAAUCAUCAAAGGCCAUUAAGAAAUCGGGUACAGAAAUGAAACCCAAACCGGUACGACCACAGUCUAAACCCUCAACGAGUCAACCUCAGCGCGGGGCUUUAAACGCAAGGGGGGGCUCGCGAGUGCCGGAAUCGCGAACCAACCCC